AUGACGCCAGCACCGAUGACGCCAGAAUCGUGUUUAUUGGGUACGGCAGAAGGAUUCUCGCAACUUUUGGAAGAGGACCCAAUGAAAUCAACAGGUUUAGCAGCAAUUGAAACGCUGUUGACGGCCCUUGAAAAUAGCAACGCUACAACUGUGAAUGAGUUGAACAAGGAGCUGACUGGAAUCGUGAGCGGUAUGGCCAAGACGGACCAUAGUUCCACGUCGAUAAGAAGCGCCAGUGAUCUUUUCCGAAGAUUCAUUACCCUUGCACCCGCAGAACUCCUUGAUCAACAAGAUUUUUCAAAAGUUUUGGAUUUCUAUCGCCAUCGAGGAAAAAUUUUUAUCAAUCGGGUGGCCAAAUCCAGAGGAAUGAUAGCUAAACACGCCAGACCCUUCUUCAGAAAUAAUAUGAACGUCUUAACGCACUCAUACAGCAAAGUUGUCUUAGAAACUCUAGUCACAGUUCACAAAGCAGGCACAGUUUUUCACGUUUGGGUUACGGAAUCUCAACCAGAUGGAUCUGGUCUGCAAAUGCAGGAGGCUCUAAGAAAGGAGGGCAUCACGACAACGUUGAUAUUGGAUAGUGCUGUUGGGUACAUAAUGGAACGGAUUGACAUGGUUGCGGUUGGAGCAGAAGGUGUUAUGGAAACUGGUGGCAUUAUCAACAAGAUUGGAACUCUUAACGUUGCAAUAGUGGCGAAAACCAUGAACAAACCGUUCUUUGUAAUGGCGGAGAGCAUUAAAUUCGUCAAGGAAUACCCGCUAAAUCAGGCAGACAUUCC